UCAUAAACCUUGGGUUUUAUUCGAAUCAGGAACCUUAGGGUUUUAGAUUCUUCAUCGACGAACCCCGUAGAAAUCCAUUGAGAUCAAUAGAAAUGCAAUCAUUUCGUGGAGGCAUUCUCUCGAAGAUUGUUCAUUUCAAAUUGGCAACAAGAUUGUGCAGUUUCGAGACCAAUGACGGGGUUGUGGCCGUCGCCAAUCUUUGUGGGAAAUCAUUUGAUUCUUCGAUCCGCAAGUUCACUUCUCGCUCUUCAUUGCCAUUGCAGUCAAAGUUUGGAUCGCAAGCAGAAUUUUUUACUCCUUCAGGAUCACUGUUAGACAGAAGCUCUAGGUCAGGUCUUUUUCAAUGGACAGCAGCAAUGCCAACUUUCCCCAGCAGGUGUAUCACGACAACAGUUAACCCUAUUUCUGCUUCACAAGAUUCUUCUGCUGCUCCUGUUUCCGAUUUGGCUCCACGCAUCAAAUUUAAGAGGCUAGAUAAAACAUCCAAACACAUAAUGCAGAUUCUAGAUAAGGAAGCAGUGGAGGAGGUGAGGGCAAAGAGAGAGAUACCUGAGAUAAAGCCUGGUUAUAUUGUUCAGCUCAAAGUGGAAGUGCCAGAGAACAAGAGGCGUACUUCAGUUCUGAAAGGUAUUGUUAUAGCAAGGCGGAAUGCUGGGCUCAAUACUACAUUUAGAUUAAGGAGGCUGGUAGCAGGGGUGGGGGUUGAAUCCCUUUUUCCACUGUACUCACCCAGCAUAAAGGAGAUCAAGGUUCUGGACAAGAAGAAAGUGAGAAGGGCCAAGCUUUAUUAUCUCAGGGACAAAAUGAAUGCACUUAGGAAAUAAUAACAAAACUUGUAGCUAGUGGAAGAUAAAAGAGGGGCUCCUCGAGAAAAACGAUGGGGUUCGAUUGCUUUUGCUAGAAAACUCUCAUAUCAUCUGUACUUUCCUUUUUCAUUUCCCAUUUUGUUUUUCUGGAACAAGUUUUGGUUUAUAGCACUUCUUGAAUUCCAGGUGUGGGUGGGAUACAAUGCAACAUAACGGAGGACCAUCCACAAAAUAUGCUAAUUUACUUCACUGCUUCAUUGCUCAGGUUAAAGUAACUUAUGAGCAGACAUAAAUCCGUCUGUCCUUUUUAAAGUUCUAUUGAAAUUUGUUACCUCAUUUUUAGACCA